AUGCAGCAUAGUUCGACAAAAGCAAAAGUACACAAAGAUAAUAUACUGUCUCUAUCACAACGCACAAAUUUCUUUUCCACAAAUAUCGUAAAAACCAUGUCAGACGAAUCGAAUCCGCUGAAACCCAGUGGUCCGCGUCCUAUUAAAUUACGACCAGAACCAAUGCCACCUACCAUAGCAUCGCCUCAUCAGCUGGCUCAGUUUACAGCUGCAACUGCACCUGGCUAUUCACCACGGCCACAAAUGUCUGCGUCAGCAUACAACACUCCGACUUCCCGAGAGCCUAACACACAGACUACAGCAACACCUGCCGCUCAGCCUACAGAAACACCUGCCGCUCAGUCUACAGCAACACCUGCUGCUCAGCCUACAGCAACACCUGCCGCUCAGCCUACAACAGCACCUGCCCCUCAGGCUGCAUCAGCAACUAGUGCACAGCCUGCAACCGUUGCCAUCUCUGCAGCUUCGUCAACAGUACAAGCCACACGAGAACAAAUUAAAGAAUAUAACGACAAAUUGAAUAGAUCGCCAAUAAAACCAUUGCCACCGCAAGCGAUCACUGAUUUAGAUAAGUUCACAGGAUUCAAAUUCGUUACACUUCUUGGUUUAAUUCUUGAAAUGCGUGACAUUUAUGAAACAAUUACUGGCACAUUUGAAUGGGAAAUGUGUGAAACUCAAACCGAUCGUUGUGAGGAAUAUAUUCGAAAAAAAUGUACGAGAAGACGAGUGUUCCUGGUGGUAUCAGGUGGAUUGGGAAAAGAGAUUGUACCUAAAGUGCAUAAUUUACCAAACGUUUAUGCCAUUUAUGUGUUUUGCUCCGAUCUUUCUUUCCACAUACCAUGGGCAGCUGCAUAUCCUAAAGUGCGAGUCGUUUGCAACGAUGAUACUGUACAUUUAAUACCACGACUGGCCAUCGACGUUGCUCAGUCAAAUAUAGAUUGGGGUAAUGCACUUUUAGGCAAAGGUGAUCAUAAGGGCGCCAAAGAAAAAUUCACCAAAGCAAAGGAGAACUUAGAUAGUGAAAAUUGUAAAAGAGCUGAUAAAGCCAUGCAAACGGAAGUGACUCAAAAGCUGGAACAGUGCAAAUGA